CAAAAAAACAAAAAAACAAAACAAGUCUCUGCUCGCUGCUUAGCUAAAAAAGACAACUUGGUUACGAGAAACCCAAGAAAAUGGAGAAAUCGAAGAUUGGGAGGAGAUUCGAAGGCAAAGUAGCGAUUGUGACGGCUUCCACUCAGGGCAUCGGAUUCGCCAUCGCCGAGCGCCUCGGUUUGGAAGGAGCCUCUGUUGUUAUAUCCUCUCGCAAGCAGAAAAACGUUGAUGAAGCAGUUCAAACACUUAAAGCUGAAGGAAUUGAAGUGUUUGGAGUCGUUUGCCAUGUGUCAAAUGAAGAACAGAGGAAGAACCUCAUAAGCAAGACUGUGCAGAAAUAUGGAAAAAUAGAUGUGGUUGUAUCAAAUGCUGCUGCCAAUCCAUCAAUUGAUACCAUAUUGCAAACCAAAGAAUCUGUGCUUGACAAGCUAUGGGAAAUAAAUGUCAAAGCUUCUAUACUUCUUCUGAAGGACGCGGAUCCUCACUUGAAGAAGGGUUCUUCAGUUGUUAUCAUUUCCUCGAUUGCUGGCUACCACCCACCAGCUUCCAUGGCAAUGUAUGGGGUCACUAAAACAGCUCUUCUUGGAUUAACCAAGGCCCUUGCUGCUGAUAUGGCCCCAAAUACUCGUGUAAAUUGUGUUGCUCCUGGUUUUGUACCUACAAACUUUGCUUCAUACAUUACAGAAACUGAUGCUGUGAGGAAGUCCCUCGAGGAGCAGACGUUACUUAACAGGCUUGGUACCACUGGAGACAUGGCUGCUGCGGCUGCCUUUUUGGCAUCUGAUGAUGCUUCUUACAUAACGGGAGAAACUGUGGUGGUGGCCGGAGGGAUGCCCUCUAGACUCUAGUUCCUUUCUUUAUCUCUGUGUUUUGGCGGCUCAAAUGCUUACUAGUUACAAGAACACGUGAAUUUUAUAUUUACUGUUAAAGAAGCAAAUAUCAAUAAGGAUUUGGGAGGGAUGAAGUGCAAACAAAAAAUGUCAUGUUACUGGUGUUUCUGAGCCGGUGCUCUUUGGCUUUUCAAUAGAAUUAACCCAUAAUACUAUUCAUUCAUGGU